AUGAUAAUAACCAGAGAUGGAGAGACAACGAUCCUGUGGAACUUCCCUAUCAGAACCGAUAGAACUGUUGAGGCAAACAGACCGGACAUCAUCCUACGUAGGAAAGGCCAAACGUGUCUGCUGAUUGACGUCUCUAUCCCAGCAGACAGGAACAUCACAAAAAAGGAAGCUGAGAAGAAACUAAAGUACAUAUAUAAAGACCUAGAGAUCGAAAUCAGCAGGAUGUGGAAGACCAAAACCCGAGUCAUACCCUUUGUGAUAGGAGCUACCGGAGCAGUCUCUAAAGACUGGACUAAACUGAAGAACGAAAUCCCUGGGAAACAUUCGCUAGUAUUGGCCCAGAAGUCUGCUGUGUUAGGCACUGCCAGAAUCCUCCGGAAGGUCUUAAGCUAG